AUGGCGAACCAGAUGUUAAUUUGGGGAGCUGCACUUGUAAUUGCAUUUGGGUUAACUAUGAAAGAUAUGGCUUUUUAUAAAGAAACAUCAGAUCAUCAAAAUAAAGAAGAAAAAAGUUCCAUUCCUAUUGGACCAAAGUUAACUUUUCUAGUUUGUAAGCCAAUCAGAGGUGGGAAAUUUUAUUUGAAAACUCAGACAUCAAUCAAAGCUACAAAAUUUUCUGCAAUAACUACAACAAAGGGUUACAGACGGGUAUUUGAGGAAUACGCUAAUGUUGUUCAACAGCGAUAUCCUCACUUAUCCAUUUCCGGAAAUAAUUAUCCAGCUCCUAUAGUUAAUAACUAUAUAGCAAAAGCAAGUAAUAUUCUAAAGUGGAGUGCUCUAGCUGUCAUAACGUUGGGUGAAAGAGUUAGUUUUUGGCAAAAUCUCAAUAUACCAAAUCCACCUGAAAUAUAUCAAUGGACUCAAAAUCACAAAAUAAUGUCUUGUGUUGGUGUUUUUUUUAUUGGCAACACUAUUGAAAAUGGAUUGCUGCAAACUGGAGCUUUCGAAAUCUAUUUUAACGAUGUUUUAAUAUGGUCCAAGUUAAAAACACAAAAAUUGCCUAGUGUUGAAGAGUUGCUACUAAGAAUUAAGAACAACAUGGAUGAUAAAAAAAUGAGUUCUCAAGAAGAUAAAUUUGCAUCACCAAUACUCAACGAUCGAGAACAUAAAAAAUCAGGCGAGUUUGAUGAGUUUGAUAAAAAUGAUUUUGGUUCAGAAAACACAGUCGAUCUUAAUAAUCAAUAUGAAUUUUAGUUUUUAAAACUUUUGUAAUUCAGACAAUAAAGUUUCGCGCGGCAGAAUUAGGACCAAAAUUAGUUUUUAAAAAAAUUUUUAAAAAUUUAUAGUAACUAUUUAUUGAAUUUUUAUUAUGCAUGUAUAUAUAUAUUUGAUUUUAUAUUAACGUGUAUCCCUGCAAUUUUAGUUUUAUGAAGAGAUGUAUUAAAAAUACUACAAUGUAUUAAUACAUCACUGAUUGUAUGUUCUAAAAUGUGCAGGUUUUAAAUAUAAAAUAAUAAUAUAACAUUAUGUAUGCUGUUUUAAGGAAUGAAACGUCUUGUAUAA